AUGAAGGUUUUGCUCAUUGCGCUGCUGGUUUGCUGCAUCUCAGCCCAAGUCGAGGCCACUAGCACCUACGAGCCGACGGAUCAAGGGUAAUUUCUUCGAUUUGAAAGCCCAAAAGAGUAAAAUAAACUAUUAAGGGGCUACAUCCUGCCGUCCCUUCCAUACUACAAACGCAGUUCACUAUCCAACAUGAUGAGGAUCGGAAAGCGGGAUUCCAGUGCAAGCCAGGGCUCUCGGAACGACCUCGCCGGCUGCGAAGACUGUAACUUGGGCACGCUUAUGAGAAUCGGUCGCCGUUAA